AUGAUAAAAUAUUUAAAAAAAUUUAAGUUUGGUUGGGUACAUGAAAGCUUCCGGCAGUUGGUAAAUCGCAAAUAUGGUCGAGAAACUUGGCUGAAAAUUCUAGAAAUAGCAAAAUUUGAGGAAGGAACGGAAAGCGAAAUAGGAAAAUAUUAUAGAGAUGAAGAAUCCUUUCGUCUAGUUUCGGCAAUGGGUUCAGUUAUUGGUAUUCCUGUUGAAGAGGUUUGGGAGGCAUAUGGAGGGUUUCUUAUACAAUUUACAAUGGAGACUGGUUGGAAUGAGUUAUUAAGGGCUUUAUCUCCUGAUUUGGAGGGAUUUCUUGACACAUUGGAUUCUUUACAUUACUUUAUUGACCACGUUGUAUACAGAACAAAACUGAAAGGUCCAGCAUUUCGUUGUGAAGCACAACCUGAUGGUUCACUUAUUCUACAUUAUUAUUCAAGAAGAUCUGGAUUAUAUCCAAUUGUUAAAGGGGUCAUUCGUGAAGUUGCUAGACGUAUUUACGAGACAGAAGUUAUUAUGAAAGUACAAGAACGAAAGCAAGAACAUGUUGAUUCUUUAAUUACUGAACAUGUUGUUUUUGUUAUUAAUCAAGUAGAAAAUUCACUUGCUGCUUUCCGGUCUAUUGCUAGCAGAACAGUUAGUAGUUCAACUAUUUCAUCAGAAUUUACAAAUGUUUGUUCCAAUUAUUAUACAAAAAUUGAUGAUUUUUGUAAAGCUUUUCCUCAUCAUUUUUGUUUUGACAAAGAAUUACGUAUUGAACAUGUUGGCAAGGUCCAUCCAGAAAUUCCUCUAUCGUUUGAUUCAAUAAUGGCAUUCAGAAAUAGUCUUUUUGUUUUCCGUCUUCGUGAUGAAUUAAGUCAGGGGAGUUCAAAGCCCAGUAGUUGCAGAUCAGAUGAAGUUAAGAGUCAACAAAUGGCAAUAACAAUAAAGGGUAAUCAAAAGUUUAUUUUAUAA